AUGUUUAGAGCUACAAUUUCUAUGACGACUCUCGCAUUGGGUUUCUCAGUAAUUCUGAUGGUUCAAGUCAUCCAUCAAUUUUGUGCUGCAAAAAAUAAACAAAUCCAAGAGUACUCUGACAAUCAAAAUGCUCCUCAAACAACUGCAGUCGAUCAGCCAUCAGAUAUAGUCCCACCUCCAGCAUAUCCACAGCAGCAGACAGUCACGAUUCAAGCACCUCCUAAUCAAUCGCUACCUCAGGGUACUCCACAAGCUCCGACUUAUAUUCAACUUCCAAACGGACAGGUUCAAUUAAUUCAGCCAGGUCAAGCUCAAACUGUCUACGUCACUGCACCAAAGCCGCCACCAAUCUAUAAAACAAGCGAAGAACACCUUGCUACUUUUCAAUGGCCGAAGCUUUCAUGA